AUGGCCAUCGUCAAGACGAUCACGCAGAGCAACCGCAUCUCGCUCCCCGCGGCGGGCGAGGACGUUCCACGGGCGCGCCGCCCCGGCGAGCAGGACAAGUCGGACCAGUACUCCUCUCCCAAGCGCCAGCCGGCAAAGGGCGAGCUCUUCGGCGUCUGCGGCGAGCUACUCUUCCUCAAGCUCCCGUUCCUCGUGGCGCACCGCGUCUUCGCCAAGAAGCGCAUUGCUGAGAGCAAGAACCAGCUCAACGUGGGCAUCGGCGGAGACAUCCCCAUCUUCCCACCAUUCGCGCUCAUGCUGGGCGCGACUCUUGGCGUCUCUCUCCGUCUCGCUCUGGGGCAGUGGACCUUCUUGCCGAGCUCGGUCGCAACCAUCAGCUACCGCAUCGGCGGCUUCGUCGUCGGACUUGAGGCCAUGCUCAUGCGUUGCGAAGAUGCUCUAGAGGAGCACAACACCAAGGCCUUCUUCACGGAGGUUCGCGGCCUAGCGACCAACGGCCCCUACUCGGUCUCGCGCAACCCGAUGUACCUGGGCUUCUUCUGCAUGAUUCCCGCGUGCACGGUUCUCUCCGACUCGGUGUGGAUGCUCCUGUCAAUGAUGCUGGUGCCGCUCUACAUCCACAACGUCGUGAUUCCGAAGGAGGAGAAGUUCUUGGUUGGGCUCUUUGCGGACAAGUACACGGAAUACUGCACGCGAGUCCCUCGUUGGCUCUGA